AGGCCGAGCCCCGCCAUGGACCAGGACUACGAACGGCGGGUGCCGCGCCGCAGCCCCAACGAGAACACGAUGCCGUGCGUGUCCGAGAUGCGGCGCACCCUGACGCCCGCCAACUCGCCGGUGUCGUCCCCCAGCAAACACGGAGACCGCUUCAUCCCCUCGCGGGCCGGGGCCAACUGGAGCGUGAACUUCCACAGGAUCAGCGAGAACGAGAAGUCGCCCAGCCAGAACCGGAAGGCCAAAGAUGCCACCUCCGACAACGGCAAAGACGGCCUGGCCUACUCAGCACUGCUGAAGAAUGAGCUGCUAGGCGCCGGCAUCGAGAAGGUGCAGGACCCGCAGACCGAGGACCGGAGGCUGCAGCCCUCCACGCCCGAGAAGAAGGGCCUGUUCACGUACUCCCUCAGCACCAAGCGUGCGAGCCCGGACGACGGCAACGACGUGUCCCCGUACUCCUUGUCCCCUGUCAGCAACAAAAGCCAGAAGUUGCUGCGGUCACCGCGGAAACCCACGCGCAAGAUCUCUAAGAUCCCCUUCAAGGUGCUGGACGCGCCCGAGCUGCAGGACGACUUCUACCUGAACCUGGUCGACUGGUCGUCCCUCAACGUGCUCAGCGUGGGGCUGGGCACCUGCGUGUACCUGUGGAGCGCCUGCACCAGCCAGGUGACCCGGCUCUGCGACCUUUCUGUCGAAGGAGACUCUGUGACCUCCGUGGGCUGGUCUGAGCGGGGGAACCUGGUGGCAGUUGGCACGCACAAGGGCUUCGUGCAGAUCUGGGACGCGGCCGCCGGGAAGAAGCUGUCCAUGCUGGAGGGCCACACGGCGCGCGUCGGUGAGCGGGCGGGGCCGGGCAGGGGGCUGGCCGAGGUGCCCCGUCCCCCGCUG